UGGUGCUCGCCCUCCCCACGUGGGGUCUACUCCCCUCCUGGUCCCCUCCGGGGCCGCAGCGACCCGGCGCCCGCGAUCAGGCUCUGCAACACCGGACAGUGGCUCCGGAGGGAGACUCCGGGAUGAAAAUGCAGCCCUGGAGGUUGGUGGUCUGUUUGGUCCUUGGGAUCCUGUGUUCUGUGGGGUCCAGAGGGAGAGUGAGAGCUGUGGAUCCUGAAGCAAACAUGAAUGUUACAGAAAUUAUCCAACACUGGGGAUUUCCAGCUGAGGAACAUCUGGUGGAGACCAAAGAUGGGUAUAUUCUGUGCCUUCACCGAAUUCCUCAUGGGAGGAAGAACCAUUCUGAGAAAGGUUCCAAACAAGCUGUCUUUCUGCAACACGGCUUUCUGGCAGAUUCCAGUAACUGGGUCACAAACCUUGACAACAGCAGCCUGGGCUUCAUCCUUGCUGAUGCUGGUUUCGAUGUGUGGAUGGGGAACAGCAGAGGAAACACCUGGUCUCAGAAACACAAGACACUUUCAGUUUCUCAGGAUGAAUUCUGGACCUUCAGUUUUGAUGAGAUGGCAAAGUAUGAUCUACCAGCUUCAGUUGACUUCAUUCUGAAAAAAACUGGUCAAAACCAAGUGUAUUAUGUGGGCCAUUCUCAAGGGAGCACAAUAGGUUUUAUAGCAUUUUCUCAGUUUCCUGAGCUGGCCAGAAAGAUUAAAAUGUUUUUUUCCAUGGCUCCUGUGAUUUUAGUGGAUUUCUCUACGAGCCCGCUAACCAAAUUAGGACAAUUGCCAGAUCUUCUCUUUGAGGAGAUAUUUGGGCACCAAGCUUUUCUUCCCCAGAAUGAGAUUUUGAAGUGGCUAAGUACCCGCGUUUGUACCCAUGUCAUUAUGAAAGAGCUUUGUGGAAAUAUCUUCUUUCUUCUGAGUGGAUUUAAUGAGAGAAAUUUAAACAUGUCUAGAGUGGAUGUGUAUUCGACACAUUGUCCCGCGGGAACUUCUGUGCAGAACGCGUUACAUUGGGGCCAGGCUGUUAAAUACCAAAAGUUUCAAGCCUUUGACUGGGGAAGCAGUGCCAAGAAUUAUUUUCAUUACAACCAGAGUUACCCUCCUGUGUACAAUGUGAAAGACAUGCUCGUGCCCACUGCCCUCUGGAGUGGAGACCACGACUGGCUUGCGGAUGCCAGCGACAUCAGUGUCUUACUGACUCAGAUCCCCAACCUGGUGUACCACAAGCGAAUUCCUGAGUGGGAUCAUAUUGACUUUAUCUGGGGCUUGGAUGCCCCUUGGCGGAUGUACAAUGAAAUUGUCGAUCUGAUGAGGAAAUAUACAUGAAAACCAAAUUUCAGGCGUGGACCAGCAAGUCAUGUGAAAAUGUGUUUGCUUGAUUUCUGUAAAAUACUUAUUUUCCUUUCCCAGAUCUUUUGUGUUUUUAUAGGCAAGAAUAUUAUAACUUUGAAGAUGGCCAGUUCUCUACAGUUAGGAUUGGAAUCACACUAGUUCUAUUUUGCUUACUUAUGGCUGAAUAUGAAUUCAGUGUCAUUAACAUUAUGUUGUCUUUUAUUUUUUUGGUACCGGGGAUUGAACUCUGGUCCUUGUGCUUGCAAGGCAGGCCACCGAACCGCUGAGCUAAAUCCCCGGCCCUUAUGUUGUCUUUUAAAAUCUUGAAGUAAUACCACUGGCAUGCAAUAAUACAUAUAAAACUAUUCUGUUUCUCGUUACAAUUUAAAGUUUCUCUAUUGCUUUUUUACCCCUCCCUAUCCAGGAUAAAUUAAUAGAUGUGUUGAAAAUUUUACACUGAUUGUUGGUAAAUAGUCUGUCACUGACUCAAGCACAGUAUAAAAAGAAAUAUUCAGGUCUCAUCUCCUUUCCUUAAAGGGCUCCCUAGUCUAAUUUUCUUAUAUUUAGGGGUCUUAAUAAAACUUUGUCAUGCUUUUAUAUAGUAGAUACUUAGCCAAAUUCAGGGCUAUCCUAGCUGUACCAGUAGUAAAGAUUCCUUAGUGAGUUUUAUCAGACCAAAAUAACAAAUGUUUAACAAAUAUUAAAAUUGCUCAGGCCAAGCAAAAUAGCUUGCUAAGGUUUUGAAGAGCAGGUUGCACUGAUUUAUAAAUAACUUGAAGACUGAUACAUUCAACUGUCUGUAUUUGUGAACUCUAGAUUGGAUGGCAUGCUGUAAUUCUACUUGUUUCAGGAGAAAGGUACUGUGGAGAGACUAUAA